AUGAUCGUUAGCACGGCGAUCCCACGCAUUACCGACGAGUUCCAUUCCCUCGCCGACGUCGGUUGGUACGCCAGUGCAUACCAAUUUGGAAGUUCAGCGCCGCAGCCUUUGACAGGAAGGAUAUACAAGUACUUCAACACCAAGUGGACAUUCCUGGUCUUCUUUCUCAUAUUCGAAGUCGGCUCAGUGAUAUGUGGCGCCGCUACCUCGUCUGCCAUGUUUAUUGCAGGCCGGUUUGUUGCCGGCUUCGGUGGUGCAGGCGUCGCGACCGGAUCCAUCACCAUCAUUUCACUGUGUGCGCCUCUUGAGAAACGCCCACUCAAUCUUCUUGGACUUGUUCUGGGACCUCUCAUCGGUGGCGCAUUCACAUCCUAUACAACAUGGCGUUGGUGUUUCUACGUUAACCUGCCAGUCGGCGCACUUGCAGUGCUCGGCAUGCUCCCCCUACGCAUCCCCGAAGAGAUGAUCAAGCCGAAAGCAUUGUGCUUACUGCCGCGGAUACAUCAUUACCUCGAUCUUGUAGGCUUCGCCCUCCUAGCGCCCGCCGUUCUACAACUCCUCCUUGCUCUUCAAUUCGGAGGCCAAGAUCAUCCGUGGAACUCAGCAGUAGUUAUCGGCCUGCUCUGCGGAUCCGUGGCGAAUUUUGUCGUCUGGGGAUUCUGGAAUCGAUACCGCGGGGAAGAUGCGAUGAUGCCUCGCUCGAUGAUCACCCGGAGAGAUGUUUUGUGCUCUGGGCUUUACGUGGCGUUUCUCACGUCUGCGGUCUACGGAGGCGUCUACUACCUUCCCCUGUACUUCCAGGCCGUGAAUGGCGCAAGCGCAAUCAAGAGCGCCGUGUAUCUCCUUCCAUUGAUCAUAUCACAGCUCAUAACGGCUGGUUUCUCGGGUGUCGCCGUAACCAAGAUCGGCUACAUAAUCCCAGUAGCCGUCUUUUCGACCGUCUUCCUAUCGAUAGGAACAGGCCUAUACUCCCUCCUCCAGCCAGGCAGCUCAAGCGGCAAGUGGAUCGGCUUCCAAAUCAUCGGCGGCGUCGGCUUCGGCGCUGGCCUACAAUUGGCAAUCAUAGCCGUGCAAGCAGCAAUGAACAGCGAAGAGCUAACCUCAGGCAUUGCCUUCGUCGUCUUCAGCCAAGCCUUCGGCCCCACAAUCGCAAUGUCGCUCUACAACGUCGUUUUCCUCGAGAGCAUGAAGGAGCAGAUCACGAAACUUUCACCCAAUUUCAAACCCACUAUCAUCAUAAAUGCGGGUGCCACGGGGUUCCGCGCCAUCGUGGCGCCCGAGGAUCUGCCCGGCGUGCUGAAGGCGUACGCGAAUAGCAUCGAUCGCACGUUUUACCUUGCGGCGGCGCUGGCGACAGUGUGUGGUGUCUUCUUGUGGGGAAUGGGCUGGCAUGAUCUGAGGAAGAAGAAGGAAGGGGGCGCGGGGGGGAGCAAGGAUGGGACGAAGUCAACGGGUGAAGACGCUGACUCGGAUCACGCGAAGGGGGACGUGGAGAAGGUUGCUUGA